CAGCCAUGGUCUUGGGCGUUCAGCAAGUGGUGGGGUGCCUGGCCCUGUGUGCCUUCUGCGCUCAGAGCAAGCCCACCGAGAAGAAGGACCGCGUCCACCACGACUCUCAGCUGAGCGACAAGGUCCACGAUGACGGCCAGAACUUCGAUUACGACCACGACGCCUUCCUGGGGGUUGACGAAGCCAAGACGUUCGACCAGUUGACCCCAGAGGAGAGCAAAGAAAGACUGGGGUAAGAGGAGAGGACCUUC